AGUAUGAACGAUUUUCAUUAUUCUUCGCCACUUCCUUAUUUCAACACUUACGAAUACAGCCAUACACCAAGUGCUUCUUCAUCAUCUUAUUUUAAUACCCAUGACUAUGCUCAAGAAGACAUAUUGUCUUACCUUAACAUUCACGAUCAUAACGAUAGUGCAAACACUUCGCUGUCAUUUUAUUCUAACGCCUACGAACAAGAUUUUGUGAAUACUUUGCAGUCACCUUAUUUUAGUGCCAACAAUUUUGAUCCAAUAAGUUCUUCUCAGCUGUCAACUAACAAUGAGUUGGUUGAAUCAGAUGCGGAUGUUGAUACUCGACCAUGUAAAGUAGACAAUGGA